AUGGAUAGUUCUGUAUUUCUACAUGCCAUAGAAGUAUGGUCGAAUGCGAACUUCACUUCCAUACAAAAGAGUCUUGACGAAAGCAUACUGAAAGUCAAGGAGUUAGAGACAAAAUCGUUGGAGUCAAGGAAAUCUCUCGCAACUGAGACUAAACGAUUCAAACGCUUAGAAGAACAAGAAAAGCUUGGGCAAAUCAAUAAAAUCAUCAAGCAAUACCAACAUGAAGUCGAUAGUCUAACUUCUAGAUCGAAGUUUUCUGAGGAUGCAAUGUUGGGCAUAUAUGCCAAGUUGUCCGAAGCGCCUGACCCUACACCAUUAUUGCAGGCAUCAAUAGAUGAGGUUAAAGAUCAAGCCGAGGUCUCUAAACUUCAAAAUACGAUUAGUGAACUUGAGAACAAAAUUGCAAAACAUGCAGACUACGAUAAGAUAAGAGCAAGGCUACUCGACUUAGAACAGAAUUCAGCCAAGACGUUAUCAAAGCGACUCCUUGCUAAAGAGCAAGAAUUGAAUUCAACCUGGCAAGAAAAGGAGAGAAAUUGGUUAGAAAGAGAAAAAGAAUUAGCUAGGCAGCUUGACACUUUAAAAUCUAGUAACAAAGUACUGGAAAGCAAGCUAUCCAUGACAGAGGAUGAGCGCGGAGCUGUAACAUCCGAGCACAGCUCUGCAGAACAUGAUCUGAUUCUUCAAGAGCUGGAGGCAUCUCAAGUUAGAAUUAUGGACUUAGAGAAGCGUAAUGAGGAAUUGAAUGGGUCUCUUGCACUGGCCACCAGUGAUGCUGCCCAGGAGUCGCAAAUUCAUUCAAAAGAUAUGAAAAUUAACCAAUUGGAAUCAGAAAAUGCAUUACUAAGUGCAUCUUUGGAAAGGGAGCGUGUCUCUUUGAAUUCUGAAAUCACUGAAAAGACUCGACAACUGGCAACUUUGAAAAAGCAACUAGACUCUUCUGCCGGUGAAUUGGACACCGUCAGACGUAAGCUCAAUAAUUACGCCGAUUACGAUACAAUUAAAAGCGAACUUGUGGCACUCAAAAAAAUUGAGUUUGGUGCUUCGGAUGAUGAAGGCGAUGACGUCUCAUCUACCUUAAGGGCCGCCAAUAAAAAGCUGCAAUCUAAUUUGGCCGAACUUCGUGCUAAAUCCAAGGAUUUAGAAAAAGAGAAUUCAGUCAUGCAAAAAGAGGUCCUCAGUUUGAAAGGAGAGGUUACUAAACUACAAAACUUAAACACUAAGUUAGAAUUGGAUCUAGAAAAAGUCGAGGACGUGGGCCAAUUAGCGGACACUGUGAGCUUGAUGUCUGGGGCUACGAGGCAGAUGAAUAGAGUUGGUCCUACAGGACGUCACGGCGGGCGGCUUUCACCUACGAGUUCUAUUGUCGGAAUACCCGAAGAAUAUGAACCAUCAUUUCCAAAUGGCAAUUCAACAAUAUUGCCUAUUGUAACGCAACAGAGAGACAGAUUCCGGAAUAGGAACAUGGAACUGGAAAAGCAAGCAAGGCAAUUGUCCUUGGAUCAAGUUAAUCUGAAAUCAGAGAUAAAAAAGCUGAAAGCGGAUAACAGUAAAUUAUACGAGCGUAUCAGAUAUUUAUCAUCAUACUCUUCAUCACAGCAGGUCAUGGAUGAUGCCGAAGCGCAAUACUCUAGAUCUUAUGAAGAGUCAUUGCAUCCACUGGCCGACUUUAAGCAACGAGAGUUGAGCCAGUACCGAAACAAGCGUAUGUCUCCCUUGGAACGGCUCUUUUUGAGUUUUGCCAAGAUCAUAUUGGCGAAUAAGACAAGCCGAAUGCUGUUCAUGUUUUACUGUGUUGGCCUGCAUGGCCUUGUGAUGGUGAUGUGCUUGUACGUAGCCAGUUUUAGUGGCUACGUAACAUCAGAUGUCGGAGUUAUGCAAACCGCAGAGGCGAGCGGGGCAGGCAGCAAAUUAGGGAACGUACCUAUAUAA